UUGUUUGUGUCCAGUGUAACGCCAUUGAAUUAAGACAUGUGCCCAUUGGCUUGAAACAAGCUCGCUUCUCUUACUUUGCUAGUCUCAUUUACUCGAGGAAAUGUGGAGAACAGAGCUUCAAGAUCUGAAGGAAGAAUUUCAACUUGUACGAUUCCGUUUAUUCUACUCUAACUCCGGCGAUUUUGCGGAGUCCCCGUGGUUUGAUAUUCCCGUGAUAUUCACAUACCGCCUUAUAGUUGCUUUGUACUGCAUCGCUUGGACUAUCUACAGCGGUUUUCACCCAGCCAACAGAAACCUCAAAUGGUUCAUUUACCUCACCAACUGGAGCUUCUUGCUUGUGACUUCAUACUUCGUACUAUCCACUGUAAUAACGGCGGUGUACUACAGAGGAGAAUGCAGACAGGGAGAAUAUGAUAUCGGUAGUCCAGAACCAAUUCCAUUGAGGCGAUCUCGCUCAGGAAUUUCGCGUUCUUCGGACAUUGAUACACGCGACAAGUCGCGCGAAGAGACACGUGCGAAAUCAGAAUCUCGAGACUCCACGCGACAGAAAGGUAGAAGUCAAGAGGAGGUGAAAGCUUCGGUAAAUCCGCUCGAAGUUAUGCAAGAGCUUCCUAUGUCUCGUCAUCAUGAAGCAUUAUGGGUUAUAUACAAUAUUGCUGCUAAUACGGCCUUGCUCAUAACUGCAACAAACUGGGAUUACUCUGGUUUUCAAGUCGAUGGAUUAAUAGUUACCACUCAAAUCCUAAAUACUGUUUUCAUCUUGAUCGAGACUUUACUGGGAACCGUUCCAAUUCGUUUAUUUCACGUAAUUUAUCCAAUGCUUUUUACAAUUGUUUACAUCAUGUUUACUGUAGUUUAUUGGGCGGAUGGAGGUACAAACACUUCAGGUCAACCUUAUAUUUACUCAAAAUUAGACUACAGCGGAAAUCCAACACAGAGCAUUGGAACUGUCCUUGGGUUCUUCUUUGUCGGUCAUCCACUGACUCAACUUGUUUUAUUCAUUGUGUUUCGGGUGCGACAUUGGUUGAGCAAGAAAUUCAGCAAAAAACUUAUCUGGUGAAAGGAAGAAAAAAUUUUCAACACACCAACUGAUGCAAUUUAUCAAGAUUUUUCCUCUAUUUUAACAGUUUGAUUAGUGUAGAUCCUCUUCCUAGUUAGAAUCCGCCAGGCUUUAAUCUUAGGCUUAAAGUGAAGUAUUUUGUUGUUCAUAAGGCGUAAUUAAACUUAGAAAUUUCAUGACAACGAUGGCAGUGGUAAACGAUCGAAAUUUUUUUAAAAUCAGGGGCAUAACUGAAAAAAGCAUCACGGGGGCCCAGAAGGCUCAAACUCAAGCUAAAAAGGAAACACAACUAUGAAAGAGAAAUAAUUUGAAUAUAUCAACAAAGUUGAAAUGGUAAAUUGGCCACCGUUACGACUAUAA